CCGAAACAUUUUGGUGAAGUGCGAGUAGCUAGGUAGUUGCUUCACGCUUUUUAAAUUACCUAUAUGGUGUUUAAAUUGAGAAAAUACGGAGCCCCAUUUAUAAGAAGGAUCCUUUAAAGCCUUUCUCCUCCUACCUGGCCACCUUUCUGCUGUCUCUCCUACCCACGCGGCCCGUGAGACGAUGGAACCGGAGCUGCUGACCGAGGUGCCGGCGGCCCUGAAGCGUUUGGCGAAGCAGGUGGUGCGGGGAUUCUACGGGGUGGAGCACGCCCUGGCCCUGGACAUCCUCAUCCGCAACCCCUGCGUGCGGGAGGAGGACAUGCUGGAGCUGCUCAAGUUCGACCGCAAGCAGCUGCGCUCGGUGCUCAACACCCUGAAGUCGGACAAGUUCGUCAAGUGUCGCAUGCGGGUGGAGACGGCGCCGGACGGCAAGACGACGCGCCACAACUACUAUUUCAUCAACUACCGGCUGCUGGUCAACGUGGUCAAGUACAAGCUGGACCACAUGCGGCGGCGCAUCGAGACGGACGAGCGGGACUCGACCAACCGCGCGUCCUUCCGCUGCCCCUGCUGCUUCAGCACGUUCACGGACCUGGAGGCCAACCAGCUCUUCGAUCCUAUGACUGAGACCUUCCGCUGCACGUUCUGUCAGACGGAGGUGGAGGAGGACGAGUCAGCGCUGCCCAAGAAGGAUGCGCGGACGGUGGUGGCGCGCUUCAACGAGCAGAUCGAGCCCAUCUACAUGCUGCUGCGCGAGACGGAGGACAUCAACCUGUCCCACGACCUGCUGGAGCCGGAGCCCGCCGAGAUCCCCGCGCUCAAACAGAGCCGAGAGCGUGCGGCACAGGCCACGGCCGGAGCUGCGGGGGUGGGGCCAGGGGCGGGCGGGCCCCACCAGGAGGCAUGGUCGACGAAGGGCUCCUCGUACGCGGACCUGUACACCCAGAACGUGGUCAUCAGCAUGGACGAGCCGGACGAGCAGCGCCGCCAGGCCGCCGAGGGCAAGGCUCCCAAAGAGAGGCCCGUGUGGCUGAGGGAGAGCACCGUGCACGGGGCCUACAGCGAGACGGACAGCCUCAAGAACCCUGGAGAAGACUUGAGCGGUCUCCGUGAGGCCGAGGCCGGGCGUGACUCGCAGCUGAACGAGAACGAGGAGGUGAUGCGCGCCCUGCUGAUCCACGAGAAGAGGGGCGGCGCCGCCACCGCCAGCGGGGCCGGGGCGGGGGCUGGGGCCGGGGCCGGGGCCGGGGCCCACCUCGCCCCCGCCAACGCCAGCGACUCGGAGAGCGACACCAGCGAGUCGGACGACGACUCCCCGCCGCGGCCCCCCCCAGCCCACGCCGUCCAGCACGCCCAGAGGGAAGAAGAGGAGGAGGACGACGAGGACGAAGAGUUCGAGGAGGUGGGGGAGGACGACCCCGUGGUGAUGGUGGGCGGGAGGCCGUUCUCUUACCACGAUGUCAGCCAGCGCCCGGAGCUGGUGGAGCAGAUGAGCUCGCAGGAGAAGGAAGCCUACAUCGAAAUGGGCCGAAAAAUCUUCUCGAACAUGUUCUUCUGAGCCACUCUCUGUUUUUCUGUUUUCUUUUUUAUUUUAACCAGUGAAGAUGAGUGCGGAGCAUAUUAGAGCUGUACUCUAAAAACUCUCACUUCACUUCCUCUGAGAAUUAGCCUUCAAGUGCAGAAGGAAGGCCUCAAGUCAUGGUUGAAAUGGUCAGGCAGUUUUUUUUUCUUUUAAUUGUGGUGGCAGUUUGUUUAACAUUCCGUUAGAGUGGACUCUUGCUAGAGCAGUAUUUCUGAAUGUGUUCACUUAAACCACUCAACAUUUUCAGGAUACAAAAAUGCCAGUUUAGUUGUUAAAUUGUGUCAUUUUAGCUCUGAAAGGCAAUUCCCAUAAUUUACUAAAGUCUCUUCUCUCAAAGCACAUAUAGAUGAGAGGCAGAAGUCACUAUACACUUGUACAUACACAUACUUUUGUAAGAAGGUUUCAAACAUUUGAGGAGUAAGACCCUAAGAAUAUGUUGAGUUAAGUUCUGUCAAAAGACGUACCUUAUUUUAUGUUACAUUUCUGGUUUUGUCCGUUAUUAAAAGUGCUCAGAAGUAUAACUGACUUUUACAUACUAUCCAAUGGGAUAGCCUCAAUGUUUUGUGACAGUUUGAUAUUGUUUCAAAUGUCAGUAGUUUGAUUGAAACACCCUGAAGCUCAGCACUGAGCAAUGAUCAGGCAGAAUGUCCUCUUUCCUAAUGCCAGCAUAUGAAUUAUUCCUACCCUCAUGUUUAUAUUCCAGAUUCUUCAUUUUUCAGGUGUCCAGUUGAUAAGGUGUGCCUUUGGAUUAAUGAAGAGGUGUUGUGUGGAUUUUAAAACUCAUGUUCAGUGACGGUGCUUAACACACAGCAGAUUUCAAAGUUUAAAGUCCUGUCUCCCUGAGGUGGAAAUAAGUCUCUUGUCUUCUCUUUCCUCUUUUGGGAGACUCGCUUGCCAUAGGUCAGGUCAUGCUGUACACAAGGUGAACAUCUCUGCCUUUCAUCCUUUCUUCAUCCUUUCAUCCAGUCACCUCCCCAUCCUUUCUUUCACCUCUGCUCUUUGUUUCUUUUUUUUUUUUUCCUUGGAAAAUGUAAAGAAGUGAAUAUUAACUUUGAGGUUACUGCAAUAACCGCUAGAACAGGGCGACCUGCUGAAUCAGUGUUAUCUGCCCCGCGUGGAACGGCGAACUGAAGCUGCUGCAUGCGGGGGGGGGGCUGACGGGCGGACGUUUAAAAAGCCUGCGUUUCUGAGCGACAGCUGGUCAGAGCGAAGCCCGGUGGAUCCAGAUCAGACCGGCACAGCUGCACGCUCUCUCUGCGUCUUCACUUCGGCAGGGUCGGCAUUCUCCCUCCCCUCUACCACUGCAGUGUUUAACAGUACAAGAAGACAAAUAUAGAUAUGAAAGGCUUUAAGAAUAAUUAUUGCAUUUUGUAUUUAUAUGGGAUUUGCUGCAAACUUCUUCAUAAACUGUAUAGUUGGAUUGUUUUUUUUUGGUUUGAUUUUAGCUUCAUUAUUUGUUUGUCUGCACAGUGUGUGUAUCCUGUACGGCACAUAAAACGCUUAGCUCUCUCGUCUCACCUUAGCUCUCUGUAAUGUAAUCUUUUCUGCUGAAUUCUUUGAUAAAAAAUAAUCCUGUGACAGACAUGAAUUUCUGUUCCUGAAUUUGACUUUAUUAAUAGCUUGGAGUCU